ACGGUGACGUUAUCGCGUCGUCGGCGCCGAGCGGGCCAGAAAAGCCGGUGCGGCGGCCUCGCGGCGUUGUGCGUGCGCGGGAAGAGCGUGUGCGUGCACGUGCGCGCGCGGAAGAUGCUGAACAUGUGGAAGGUUCGAGAGCUGGUGGACAAAGCGACCAACGUGGUGAUGAACUACUCCGACGUCGAGUCCAAGGUGAGAGAGGCCACCAACGACGACCCCUGGGGGCCGUCUGGCCAGCUGAUGGGAGAAAUCGCCAAGUCCACCUUCAUGUACGAGCAGUUCCCCGAGGUGAUGAACAUGCUGUGGAGCAGGAUGCUGAAAGACAACAAGAAGAACUGGAGGCGCGUCUACAAGGCCUUGCUGCUGCUGGCCUACCUGAUCAGGAACGGAUCGGAGCGAGUGGUGACCAGCGCGCGAGAACACAUCUACGACCUGCGAUCGCUGGAGAACUACCGCUUCACGGACGAGAACGGCAAAGACCAAGGCGUCAACGUGCGUCAGAAGGUCAAGGAGACGGUGGAGUUUGUCCAGGACGACGAGCGACUGCGAGAGGAGCGCAAGAAAGCCAAGAAGAACAAGGACAAGUAUAUCGGGGUCUCCUCGGACAGCGUGGGAGGAGCCGGCUGCAAGAACUCGUGUGAGCCGGAGCGCGGCAAAUGGGAGGAGGACUGGGACAAGAGCCGGGCGGCGUUCCCCUUCAGCGAGAAGCUCGGCGAGAUCGGCGAGAAGAUCGGCAGCACCAUCGACGACACCAUCGGCCGCUUCCGCAAGAAGGAGCGCGACGACUCGCCCGACGGGAUCAGCAGCGACAACGAGGAGGACGGGACGUCCGGGAACGGCCGACGGGAAGCCGGCGACUUCCGAGACGAGGAGGAAACGGUCGCCGCCAAGAGCGUCCGCCUCGCCGGGGCCGCCGAGACCGCCGCCGCGCGCAAACGCGGCGGCGCCCCCGCCGGCGUCAAGACUUUAGACCUGGGGGCCGCCGCCCGCUACACCGGGGACGGGAGUCCCGAAGACGACCAGGCGUCCGGCGGCAGGGGAGGGCCGGCCGACCUGCUGGUCAUGGACUCGUCAGCCCAUCGCAGCUCCGCCGCAGGUAAGGCUCGGCUCGCCGCGCCGGCGCGUCGCCGCCUUAGUGACCGUCUGUCCGUCCAAGCAGGCGCCGCAUCCGCCGACCUGCUCGCCGGCUUUGCCGACUUCUCCUCAGCGGCGGCGGCCGCGAGCCUGCCCGCCUCCAGCGCCGCGGCAGCGGCCAACGGGAGCGCAGACUUCGAUUUUUGGAGCACCUUCGCAGACCCCCCGACGACGGCGGCGUCCCCCUCGGCCGACCUGUUGGGCACCUCGCCGGCCACCUCGCCCGCCUCCGUCCUGCCUUCCGCCGAGCUGUUUGACCUGAUGGCGGGGGCGCUGAGCGCGUCGCAGAGUUUGACGUUUGCGCCCGUGGUCGCGUUUGACGCGCCCAACGUGCCGGCGUCUCGCUCCCAGCAGAGCCUGGGAGUCUUGACGUCUUGGCCGCCCGUCGGACUGGAGCCGAAGGUCGGGGUCCCGGCUCGGGGAUCUUUAGGCUCCACCUGGUCCGACCCGUCCGUCAACAUCAGCCUGGACUUCUUGUCGGCAAGCCCCAAGCCCGCAGAGUCACCGGCCGCCCUCAAGGAUGGCGCGCGGCAGCAAGGCGCGCCUCCUCCCGUCCGCACGCUGUUGAACAACUUGGGAGGCCUGGACCUCAACCCGGCGUCGCCGCCGCUCCCACUCGGACCUGCGGCCAAUCCGGGCGCGACGACGGCAACGGGCGGGCCCGCGGCCGUCAGGCCCCGCCGGGAUGACCUCGCCGGCAACGCCGGAUGCCUCUUGGGCAACUUUGGAAAUUGAAGGGGUGUGUCCGAGUGAGGCGAGCGGUGGCGGAGGGGCGCCUUGCUGCUCAGCGCGCCGCACUUGCGAUCCUCCCAACUCCCAACAAGUUUGCAUGGCGGCCUUUGGGGUGACAUUUCAGGAUGGCCCCGAAACGCACACCAACCUUUCCUGCUCACCUUUGGAACGUGUCGAAUGUUUCCAGGACCUGAAUCGCACAAUUCCCGGGAGGUGCGGGGGCGCUAAAUUCCAGGGCCUUCCUGUGACUCUUCUGGUCGGUUUGCGAGCGGCCGCCUUCUUGCCGCCGCCCGCGCUUUGACGUCUCGAGACCGAGACGAGCUCAACGAUUGAUCGAGGGCGCGAGGCGCGGGGCGGCAACCGAGACCGACCGAGGCAGAAGACUCCCACAAAGGCCUCCGCCCUUGGAAACGGGUCGCUCGGCUCGACAACCAGCGGGACCCGCCGGUGUCAAUUUGAGCAGGAAAUUUCCCGUUGCGAACGUUGCCGCCGGGCUCCUUUCGAACGGCGACUUGCGCAAAGCGUCCGCAAACAAAACGGCUGGACAGGCGUCGGCGAGUCGGCCGGGGCAAAAGAAGUUGAAAGCGUGCGGCAUCCCGGCCAGCGGCGGCAGAUCAGCCGUUGGGUGCGAAGCGCGUUUUGGAAGCCUUUGCCACAUCACGCGCGGUUUGAACGUCGGCACGGCAUCAAAAUGAAAUUCGCUGAAGUCCGCGCGCGGUUUUGCGCGUGGACUUCAGCGAAUGCGUUUGGCUGCCGAAAUGCACUUUGACACUCGGUGGCCGCUGACGCCUCGUCCGUCAUCGCACCCCCCGAGCCGAUGCGCGCGACGUUUAUGCGAGUCGCGGAGAAACCCCCCCACGCUCAGGGCCAACAUCCCUCCGGCCAUCCUCACCUUGAACGCGGGCCCCCAAGCGUUUCCCCCCCCCCUUGGCGCCCGAGGCCCCGAUGGACGAGCUCGACGUUUGCGUGCGCGGGUGAGGCAUGUGGGGGGGGGGGGGGCACGCGGCGAAGCAGGACCAAAUGUUUAUUUUGUUACUCUCACAAGGACAAUUUUCGGUGCCGUGUCUUGCUCACGUUCGGGUUUCUUUUUGGGUACAAGCCUGUUGCUUGCAAUCGUGUACUUCCUUGGACAUGCAAUUAAAUUUGGGAAACCUCA